CCUGAGGCGAUUUCUGGCGAGAAAAGUAACCUUCAGUAAGACCGCUUUCAAUUUCUGGCGAGUAACUAAUGACGUCACGUCAUACUGUAGUAUGCUAGAGUAACCACUAACCAAGUAACAUGCCCUUACCUACCUUCAACCUGGAGUAAGCAAUAGUAAAGUUAACUUUCUAACCUCAAUUUGUGAGGUUGGUUCUUUUAUUUAUGUUUACAUAUUACUUAUAGGUAUAAUGGAUAAUAGUCUAGAAGAUGAUGAUACUUUAGUGGAGGUGAAGUUCUUAAUUAACAAUGAAAUUGUAACAUUUUCGGAUAGUGGGGUGGUUGCAACAGCACUAAAAACAGAUGCCAAUUUUGUGCUAGAGUACAUAUCAAGGGCAAUAGAGGAAGGAUUUUUAGAACAAUUCGGUGUAUGCAAAGGCACUUCAAUUGCCGACAUAGAUAUCUCUCGAAUUUCUGAUGAAACUCCUGAAACUAUUGAAACCGCAGUCGCAGCUGCUGAAACCGACCAAGAAAUCUGGAGCAGUAGAGGGAAACCGACCGACCUUGAUAGGCGUGCUACAGAAUACAUGUUGGAACUAAGGAACUCUGCAAAAUUUCAAACUUUAUUUGCGGACAAAAAAACUGUAAAAAUGUCUAUAUGGGGGAAAAUUGCAGAGCUUCUAGGUAGUGCUGGAUUUCCCCUAAAUCCUAAAGAAGGAGGGAAAAAAUGCUAUCAAAAAUUUCAGAAUUUGACCAAAAUGUACAUAAAUUUUAUAAAACAUGUAAAAACAACAGGAGGUGAAGCACGGGAACCACCACCUCAUUAUGACCUAUUACAUAACAUUUUGGGUGAUAAACACAAAAUAACAUUAGGGCAUAUUAAGGAUUCACUGCAAUUAGCAGAUACUCAAGAUGAAUUAAAUGUAAUCCAUCAACCACAGCCAUGUGCAACAACUUCCCAGCAACCACUCACCCCCACGUCAUCUUCCUCCCGAUCACAGACACCCACAUCAUCUUCCCAUCUACUCGAAUCCUCUACCCCAUUAUCAAGAUCCCAUACACCACACCUAGAUUCUCAUUUCCAAAAUAUACGUAAAUCGGUAAAACCACCCAAAGCAGAUGUCAUACAAACAUUAUUGACGAUGCAUAAGGAAAACAUUGAUAUGCAAACUUCCCAAUUUAAGGUAUUAGAAAACCUCAUGACUACACAGAAUAAAUUGUUAGAGCAGCAAAAUGCCCAUAAAGCCACAAUAGUUUCGUUAUUUGAAUCAAUGGUUAAAAAAACUACAAGAAAAAGAAGAAGACAUUCUAGUGAUAGCGAUGAUGAUGAUUAAAAAAUUGUUUAUAUUUUUAUAUGUAUAUCUAUUCAAGCAAAAUCAGUAUUUAUAAUUUUUUUACAAAGGAAUUAAAGAGUUUGUGAUAUCAAAUCGCGUUUUCUAGCCCCUUCACGAUCUCUACGGCCAAUAUAAGUAUCACAACUAUCAUGUUCACUUGAUGUGACAUCUACUUCAUAUAUAUCACAAGUUAACAAGCAAAAAUUAUGCAGUAUACAACAUGCGGUUAUAAUAUCAAUAGCCUUUUCAAUGGUAUAUACAUUAACAAAAUUUAAAAUCCUCCAACGGCCUUUCAACAUGCCGAAAGUAUUUUCGAUUACAACCCGUGUCACACUAUGUGCGUAGUUGUGUUUCCGUUGCAGCGGCAUAAUUCCAGUGUUCCUAAACCACAACAAUAAAUACCUAUGUGCAAUUAUUUGUAUUUGUGUCUACCUAUACGGAGUUAUUAACCAUGACCUUAAUGGAUAUGCGGAAUCUCCCACCAAGUGGUAUCUACCGUAAAACAGAUUGAAACAGUUAGUUUCACAGAUUUUUCCCAAGUCCGAUUCUCUAAGUAUCUACAAAACUAUUAACAGCAUGAUUGUAGGUUUGCAUAAACUAUCUUACUCGUGCAUCAUGCACAGAUCCUGGAUAACCAACAGAAAUAUUAGUAAAUAAUCUGGAGGAAAUACACACUCCUUGAAGGGUAAUGGAAUGGCAAAACUUGCGAUCCUGAUAACUGUCAUGCUGCUCCUUGGGUAUUUUACAAGUUAUGUGGCAACCGUCAAUAGCACCAAUCACAUCUAGGAACAACAUAUUACGCUGAUUGCUGUGCGGUUUAAAAAUGUCCUUACCUGGAUAAUUACAACGCUGUUGAAAAUCAUUUGCAAUUUGUUCGCAAUCUUCCGCAUUAGGCCACUUAAUAUAAAUAGGCAUAAGAGAGCAGAUAACUUUAAUAAUUUUCAUGGUAAUAUAGAAAGCUUUUGACACGCUAACAUUAAAUCUAUCACUGAUCGACACUAACGUUUCUCCUUUGGCAAGGUACCAGAGAGUGAUUAGGAUUUCUUUCUUUAGAGGUAUUAUUUCAAACCCUCCUCUGUAUUUUUUUACUGUUAAUUCUUUUCCAAUUGCAGUGGUCAAUUUGAAAUAUGUUGACUUUAUCAUUCGAAAAUGAAUAAAAAAAUCGGUAUCAAGAUAGUUUGUUAUCCAUUCCUCAUAACAAA